AUGGAUGUAUCAGAAAAUGAUAUACUGAUUAACCAUAAGGAUUCUUCAGGAUUAUGUGAAGAUUUUGAGAAGAAAUUGGAUUUUAAAACAGAUUGUUUAAUUAAAACUUCUAUUCCAGCAAAUAUUUUUUUAAACUGGGAAAAAGGCUUUUUUUCAUCUUCUAAGAAUAGGCUUGCAUUGUCAGCUAUUUCAAAUGGAGAUAUGAUGAAUGUGAUUAUGCAGCGACAGGCGGCUGUCUUUAAUAAUAACCAUACUUACUCUUAUAAAAUUAAUCUAGAAGGAUCGCCUGUUACAUAUCAAAGAAAAUCAGGACGAUGUUGGCUUUUUGCUGCAACAAAUGUGAUAAGGGUCGAAUUUAUGAAAAAAUAUAAUCUUUCAGAAUUUGAGUUCUCUCAGAGUUACUUAUUUUUUUAUGAUAAACUUGAGAAAGCAAAUUUCUUUUUAGAAAACAUUCUUAAAACGGCCGAUGAAGCUAUUGACUCACGUAUUGUAAGCUUUUUGAUGGCAGAACCUAUCGGCGAUGGUGGACAAUUUGAUAUGAUUAUUAAUUUACUUGAAAAAUACGGACUUGUUCCUCAACAUAUAUAUCCGGAUUCAUACAAUGCAAAAGAUAGCCAUUCGCUUAAUCGUGUAAUUAAAACGAUGUUGCGUGAAUAUGCAUUAAUUUUAAGAUCAUUAUGUGCACGAAAUUCUAGUGCAGAUACUAUUUCAUUUUAUAGAACUAAAAUGAUGGAGCAAAUAUAUACUAUCUUAGUUAUUUCUCUUGGCUGUCCUCCUAAACCAGAUGACAAAUUCACCUGGUUAUAUGUUGAUAAGGACAAUAAAACACAUUCAUGUAAAACAACUCCUAUGCAGUUUUAUAAAUAUUUCUCUGGAUUUAAAGAAAUAUUCUUAGUAGCAUGCGAAUAUGUUUCUCUUCUUCAUGAUCCGAGAAAUGAGUAUGGGAAAUUGUAUACAGUAGAUAUGUUGUCCAACAUGUCUGGUGGGAUUGGUAUAAGAUAUAUUAACGCUGAAAUGAACAUUUUGAAGAGAGUUGCAAUCAAAAUGGUUAAAGAAAAUAGGCCAGUGUUUUUUGGUGCUGAUUCUGGAAAAUAUAUUGACCGUCAAUCCGGUGCAUUUGAUACUAGCUUAUUUGACUAUGAACUUGCAUUUGGUGUUAAAUCAAAUCUUUCAAAAGCAGAUAGAUUGAGGUCUGGAGAAAGCUUAAUGACACACGCUAUGGUCAUUACUGGUGUUCAUAUCGAAGAUGAAAAACCAGUAAAAUGGAGAGUUCAAAAUUCAUGGGGUGAAGAUGCCGGCCAAAAGGGAUGGUUCAUGAUGACUGAUGAAUGGAUGUCUGAAUUUGUUUAUCAAAUUGUUUGUCAUCUUAGUGAUCUUCCUGAUGAAUUACAAACUGUUAUUCAUCAAACACCCGUUGUUUUACCUCCAUGGGAUCCUGUAGGAAAUUGUUGUUGCUUUUUUGAUUUUUUUCUUAUGGUGCAGCCAUACAUCUAUGAUCCUCCUCCUCCUCCUCCUCCUAAAGCUGUUUCAUUUUUGUCGUCUUUAAAAUCUUGUCAUUCAUUUCAAUCUUUACCUUUAAAAAGAAAGUCUUUUCGAACAGAAAGAAUACAGAAAAAUAAUUAUAAAUUUAAAAUAAAUCGACCAAAAUCUGCUUCAUCUCAGUCAAAUUUUUUUCUACAAAAUAUAAAUAAAAAGAAUAAAUCAGAUAGUUCUGAGGAAUAUUUUAAACAUACAUAUUCAACACUUCUUGAGGAUGGGACAUUGGAUUACAAGACUGUAUUUUAUAAUAAAGAUGGUUAUGCAAUGAGUAGUACAGCAAAUAUUUAUACAACAAAUAACGAUAAAUCAGUUGAAAAUAUACCUAGAGAUGAAAAUACACAGAUAGAAGCAUCAGAAGAUAUUGCAUCAUGGAUAGCUGAAAGAAAAAAAAAAUGGCCUACAGAUAAAAAUAUUCAAAAAAAAGAAGAAGAAAAAUUAAAAGAAUUAAAUGAUGUUAAGGAUUCUUUUGAAAAAAAAAUAAAACUUGAUCUUUUAGAAAAUAAUAAUUGUUCCAAAUUAACGAAUGAUAGUUUGCCUGAAAAUACAAAUAAAACUGAAAUUUUGGAAGACAAAAGUUUACCAAUAGGUGAUUCAAAUUAUUUAUCUAAAUAUUUUUUAAAAGAAAAUUCUAAUCAAGAAAAUAAUCAUGUAUUUAAACAGGAUGAUAAUAUAUUAAAUAAAAAAAAAAAGCAUUCAUUAAACCCUACUAAGGGAAAUAUUUGGCGUAUUAGGAAAUCUUUAUAUACAAAGCUAGUUGAAAAUGAAGAAUUGCAAGAAAAUAUGAUUAUAUUACAGGCUAUUAAGCAUUUAGUAGAAUAUCACAAUAUAAAAUAA